AUGGCUAUGAUUCAAGACUCCCAACCUCAGAGCUCGUGUUUUAGUGCAGCUGAUUCUGUAAAAUCCAGUUCAAUGCAGAAGAAAAUACGCCGAAAAUAUUUUAAGAAUGAUUUUGCCGUAAAAGCUUAUAAAUGUGACCUAAUUAGCCAAAAUAUCAACACUCCUGUGAAACUUUAUGUAUGCCAUUCUGCCUUGAAUCUGGUGCAUCGUCCGAAACGAAAGAUGCUGACAACUCUCCCUUUUAGCCAGAUUGUAGAGCUUAAAAUUCAUGAUGAAAAGUUUGUGAACAUAUACACAACCAGUAAUGAAACAUACACUCUGACGAACUUUGAACGUCCAGAUUCAGCUAUUGCUUUCCUCCGAAAUUACUGGGAAAUUAUUUUAAAAGAAAAAAGUUUUUCUACAUCAUCUUUAGCAAGUACUACUACUACUAGUGGCGGUGGUGGUGUUACUGGUGGUAGCAGUGAAACAGAAAGUGUUAUUGGCAGUGAAUUGAAACAAGAACGUUAUAUUCCUAAGUGCAAUAGAGAAAUACAUAAAUCGCAUAUUUUGAAAUUGAACAAUGUAAAUAAAAUCACUAAUGAUGUAGAUAUGAACCCUGUUGUGAAAUUUGUAUGCGGAAGUUCUAUUGAUGAUAAUACUUGUGAUAUAUCAGCGAUUAAUAGUACAAUAACAACAACAACAACAACAACAACAACAACAACAACAACAACAACAACAACUACAACAGUUUCAUCUAUUGGUAGUAUAAGUAAUUCAUAUUCCAAUCCAAUUAUUUCAUCACUCAGUAUAAAUAAGGAAACAGUCCACCUUCAACAAAGAAAUUUCAGUAAUAAUGAUGAACUAAUGAUGAAUAAUAAAAAUAAUUCAUCAAGUACACGAUAUUCUAACGAUUGGAAUUGGUCACCAUUUAAUGUGUUAACUUGUUUAUUUCAAUCAACUCCACCACAAAGAUUUACUAUGCUGAUUGCUUAUGCUAUUUUGGGAUUUUUAUUCUUAUCAACUGUUCACCUGUAUCAUCGAUUAGCAUUGAUCGAUUUACAAACAGGUCCAGCUGUACGUCGUGCAGGAAUUACACCAUCAACUUCUACAUAUACAUCAUCAUCAUCAUCAGCUUCUUCAUCUUCAGAGUUGUACAAUUUAGAAUUACAAUUAAUGCACUUAACUCAACUUGCAUCAAAAAUGGUUGAAGGGUUGGGGUAUUUAACCUCUGAGUUGAACAGUCUAUUGGUAUAUACAAAUUCAGGCGAGUUCACUACUGAUCAAUCAACUUUGAAUACAUAA